ACAACAAGCCCUAGUAGCCACUAUCUCGGACUCGGUUUUCUAUCGUUGUCCUGAAGGAGAAAGGGCAUCUCGGUCACGAUGAGAGUGUCCAUGAAGAAUCCAUCGUCUGUUUGUCGGUUUUCAUUGUUAUCAAUUCCUGCAGUGACUGGCAGAGAAAUUUGGGAGCCCUUUUUUCCCUACAAGUCUACUUCGGUUUCCCCCGAUCUUCGUCCACGUUCAUCUCUUGCCGCUUCAUAAAAAAAGUGGGCCGCAUGCGCAAGAAUUUUACAUCAAUAAAUAAGAAAAACCAGCACUGACGCCUCUUCUUAGUAUCGUGUGCCCAAUCUCCCGGUUGUUCUGUUUAACUUCAAGAUUGUUGUAAGUAUGUCCCUAAUCGACUUCGCCUUCAUCCAUCGAUCUUCUAGUGGUCAUUUGUUAACCUAGUAUUUUUGUUGUAUCUCCUCGUCAAUGUCAAAAAUCAUAAUCUUGAUCUUCAGAUGAAAUAAAUAGAAGAACAAGUAAUAGUAAAGCAGGAGCAGUAGUUCUGGUCUUGGUCUUCUAGUUCAAUCUCUUAAUAAAAGAACAAGUAACCGUAAAGGAUAACGAGCAGUAGUUCUGGUCUUCUAGCUCAAUCUCAAAAAAAAGUAGAGAAAAGAAAGCUUAGAGAAACACUGAAAAAUAUACAAGAUGGCUAGUGCUGCCGGCGCGGGGGCGGGAGAACCCGAGCAGGAGUUCGACCCGUCGAAGGUUGCCGUGAGCAGGCCUUUGUGUUAAGGCUCAAAACAUUUCAUUUCCACAUCUUCUUUUCCUUGGUUUCCUUCUUGGGAACCUGGAGAAAUGAAACGUCAGCAUCAUCAUCUUGGGCCUCUUUUUCAAGAGCAAAAAGACGAACUAGAACCCAACUAUUGAUAUGACUUUGACUCUCAGGGAAGAUGAAGAUGCGAGCGCGGUAGCUCUAAUUGUGGGAGCUACACAAAAAGGGCGAAAUCAUGCCGGCGAACGACUUCAUCAAAAAGUAUUACAACUUCUCCUCAAAGCACAUGCGAGAUUCAUAUCCAGCAGCAGUGGUUGGGAAGUACUAUUUCUUGACUUGUUUACUAGAACGCGAUCAUUCUAGCAAGUACAAGUAGGUUUUCAGUCACUUUUCGUAUUUCCCGGCUCUUCUCUCACGCUUCCCAAUUAUUAGAAGUAGAUGAACAAGCUCAAAGAAGCGCUCGAGAGUGAAAUGUACUAGUAGUUAAUUUGUUGUUGAGAUAGAAUACUAGAAGGUUGUUAUAUCGUCUAAGAACAACAACUUUAAAUUAGAAGAUGAACUUUAGAAUUAUGUCCAGCUUUCGCUUUCAAUGCAUUCUACCAGGUAGCAAUCUCCCUGGCAAAAAUUCUAAUGUUAGUAGAGACCGACGAGUAUUUUCAUACUACUUGGACUUACCUCGUUCCUCGUUUUUAAUUUCCAACGAACAUGAUGAUCAUUGUCUAAAAAUUACAACAUCAGUACUAGCCUGAAUAGAGUGUACUCCUAUUUGAUCUCACUAUAAUCGUCUCUCCACAUUAGCAGAAGAGGUUCAAUACAACUUCUUACACUAUUAAGGGAGUGUCAGGUGAGAAUAUUUAAAGUGGAGUUUGAAAAAUGAUUGAAGAAAUGAUGGAUUUUUAUAUAAUUGUGUGUGAACAUGAUAUUACAAUAACUUCUGCGGAUACAUCCAUGCCAUGUUGUUACAUUCAGGAUAAAAUACUACAAGAAGCUAGAGGAGAUUCGAGCAGCGGAGCCACAGGACGACAGACCAAUAUCAGACGACGGAAAGGCGUGGUCGGAUACAAGCAGUCACCAAAGCAUGUUCAUGUAUUAUAACUAAACGUCGUAUUUCUUACCAGCGAUGAAGGAUGUUGUUUACAACGAUAUUAUUAAGAUGUCUCUUUUUGAUCAUGAGAUUUCCAUUUCAUGUACUUAUGGUCUUCCUGAUCCAGGUGCAGAAAUCCUGCUUCUUAUUAUCAAGUUUUAACCUACUCCUACUUAGCGGGACCGAUGUUAAGCGAUGGAGAGGUGUAAAACUUCCACCAGCCACAAGUAAACUCGGAGAAUCGGCAGCGGUAUCUGAAAUUUUCGACAGACUCGGGACGCUUAUUGAGACGCAGAUGGUCCAGGAUGCAUGUACUUAGACUUUUUUAAUUUUCAUCGCUUUUAUCUGGUAUUCAUAUGAAGGUAUUGAUACAGGUUGACUUCUAGGUACUUGUUCAAGUAGAUGAAGUUGAAGAUAGUAGAAUAAUGUCCGAUUUUACAAUCAACUACAUUCGAGGCACACACAAACCGCAACCGGGGACGAAGUACAAGGCUAUGGGUGGCGGUAACAGCGGAGAUACGUACUUCAAGCGCCUGUACUCCCGCGAAGAUCCAUGGAACUUUCCACAGCCAGCGCGAAAUGCAAAUAAAUAACAGCACUACACCAGCACUUGUUCCUCAUAGCGAUUCAAGUGUGAAAAUUUGAAAACUAUAAUACAUAGAUACCUACAUAAUCUUCGUUUUCCUUCUUGUACUCUAUCUCUUGAUCAUGAAAGUCUCUUUCUAUCUUGUUCAAUCAUGCUCACUGCGUUUAAUAUCUCUUGUUCUCUAUCUUCGUCAUCUCCAACAACAUAUUGCUAAGGUUGUAGUAAGUACAAUUCUGCGUUCAUUCACAGUCUUGCCAAAAACAUGUGCAAGAAUCACGAAUAAAGAAUGUCAAUGUCUAUGUUAAUGAUCUCAUCUCUGUGUCAUGAUAAAGAUAAAGCUAUGAUUCCAAUCUACUACAACCAGCACUGCUCCUAAGUGCAACAAAAUACAUUCUAACACGCACGAUGCACAACAAAAUCAAGUGCUGCCUCACAAACUACGACAGAACACAUCGUGCUUCUUCCACUACAUCAUGCAAAGACUAUUAAAAUUCGUACUCAAUUUUGGGCUCACAGCAACAAGAUCAAUGUAGAAUAAAUUUCCUGUUUUCAAAUAUUUAUCCUGCUUCAAGAACAAGGGCACUACGUGAUCCACCGGUCCAAGGGAGCCGAACCAUAAAGAAGCCUCAGCAUGCUACCUUUCCUUCUGUGUGGAAGGCAGAGAGAUGCCUUACGAGAACAAGGAAAGAGUGGGGGAUUUCAAUUUCAUCAUAUGUACUUAACUAAAACAAAACAUCUACAAACUAGGUAGUCGUAAAUUGUUCAUUGGCUUGAGGCAGAAAGAGGCGUAACCUCGAUGUUAUCAAAUCAAUGAAGAUCUUUUUGAGAAUGUUGAGAUGUAGUUCCGUGUCCUCAGAUCUUUCACUACCAAAGAAGAGAUAUUUUCAAAGGUGAGGAUGGACUUGUAUAUCGUCGAGGAUCAAGAAUCUAGUCGUCCAUGAUCAGAAAAGGUUCGAGUUCGCUG